ACUACUCGGAACUCGGCAGCUCACGAUAUUACAGCAUCUACUUGUGUCUGGAUAUGUCGAACAAAAACUCAGCUAAAGCAGAGAAACCGAAGGAAGAGAAGGACAAACCAGAACACCAAUUCAGUUUGCUUGAAGAAGAUGAUGAGUUCGAAGAAUUCCCAGCUGAAACUUGGGCCAGCGAUCAGGAAGAUAAAGAUGAUUUAAACGCCUGGGAAGAUAACUGGGAUGAUGAUAAUGUGGACGAUGAUUUUACUCAGCAAUUAAGGCAUGGAAACUUUGGAAAGCAAGGGAUAUAA